GAUUUUUAAUUAAAAUUUGAUUUAAUAUAAAAAAAAUUUUACAAAAAAAAUUUAAACAAAUAAAUUUAAAAAAAAUAUUAUUUUAAUUUAUAUUAAAAUAUCUCAUAAAACACAAAAAAAUUUAAAAAUAAAUUUUAUUAAAUUAUUUUCUAAAAAUAUCUUUAACAAAAUAAUAACUCACAAUACAAUGGAAUACCGGUGCUCGAGAAGUUUAACAACCAAAAUUUUAGCAUUAUUUUGUAUUAUUAACUUAAAUGUCCACAUCGCCAGUGCCUCAUUAUGGAACAGUUAUGGCAGCAGUAGCAGCAGCAGCAGUAGUGAUAGUAAAACAUUAAGUUUGGCCAGAUGUAGUGGCGGUAGAGGUUUAAAAUAUUUAUCCGGUGAUGCUUUAACAGAUUCACCCGAUUGUUUGGGUCCUAAUAAUGCUCCAUAUCCAAGUGCGGCCGUGGCGCGAACAUUUACCAAUUGGAACGGAAGUUCACGACGUGGCCGUCAAAGUAAAUUGCCAUCAACAUUAGAUCCCGCCAUUACAACUAGUGCUCUAUUGAGGGCUUACAAUGAAGUUAAUAAUGAAGAUAUUGAUAAUCAUCGUUUUGGCCGUUCAUUGAAGCAAACACCACAAGUCGACCAGUGUAGAAGUACCCCCGCACGUUUGUGUAAGACACGCUACAAUACCACCGCACCCAUGUAUGGUGUCAGUUUGACAUCAGGCCAACCCGUUACUAUUGUACAAAAAUUCCCCGAUCUCUUGCAACAAGUUGUCUUCGAAGUGUGCGAAUCUUCUGAAUGUGAUGUGGUUAGAGGUGAAUGUACUCAAACUUAUGUGCCUUAUUUAUUUUUGGUUAUACCUCUAGGCCCGGUUACUUUAACGGGUCAGGAUUAUGUUUUGGUUGAAAGUGGUUGUGUUUGUAAACCUAAAUAUUCGACAGGAGCGACUCAAGAACCUAAUAUGAUACCAUAGUUUAAUUAAGUUUUUCCUGUAUGUAUAUGUAUAGUAUAAGAAGGGCAAAAAAAAUCAACAACAACAGCAAAAAUUGUUUUGAAAACAAUUACAAAUUAUAUUAUUAAAAAAAAUAUAAAAUUUGAGAAAAAUCUAUAUAAUAUAAACAUAAUUUUAAACAAAAACAUGAACUACCAAAAGUACUGAUCUUUUAUGAUAAAUGUAAACAAAAGACAAGUUAAUGAAAAACAAAAUAAAUUCAUAAUUUCGAUGUUUUAAAACACAACGGACAUAUUUACCAGCAGUUGUUAGGAAAUACAAAUGUGGCAACUUUAAAGGAAUUAUUCUAAAUAACAAUUUAAUCUGGUAGCCUUAAAUACAGCUGUUAUGUGGCAUCUUUAAAAAGUGUUGCCAAAAUAUUGUUUUUUUUCUAUUGCAGUGUUUUUUCCGCACAUUUCAUCAUAACGUUUGACAGUAGUAGUAGUAGUUAUUUUUUAA